UGUUUUGUUUUGUUUUAUUUUUUUAACUUUUUAACUUUUUACUUUCUUUUAAUUUUUCAAAACCAACUAACAACAACGAAACACAACCCAACAUCUUAUUUUUCUCUGAUUCUCUUUAAAAAAAACGCAUCGGUGAGCGACCGGCGAGAAGCCAAAUCUCGCCGGAAUUUCGAUUUCUUGGUCGCUUUGUCUUCCUUUGUUUCGUCACCUUCCCGGAAUCAAGCUGCCACAAAAAGGGAGAAUAAAAUUCCAUUUUUAUUUUUUUAAAAAAUUGGUGUUAAAUAAUUCUGUAAUUAUGGUUUUGUAGAAGAAAACAAAAAAAAAAGGAAAAAUAUUCUUUCUCGUGUGGUGAGUAAUGGCUUGCAAUGCAGGGCAAAAGAUGCUGAGAUCCCUUGCUCUAUCUUCUUCCUUCGAGCUUUGAUUUUUUUUUUCUCUCUCUCAAAUUCUUUUAAUAUUUAAAUAACUGUUGCUUUCACCUUGGGCAUCAAUUCGUGAAAAAGGUUGCAUAAUUUUCAGGAUUUUUGGUUCAAAAGGUAAGGCUUGGUUUCUGUUUUAUUUAGGUCAAACUUUGACAAAUUUGGGGGUUUUUACCUCAAUUUUAUCAGUAAAGUUUCAGAAUUUAGGCUGUUUUCAUAAUUCAAUUCCCUGAUCUGAUCAGGGAUUUUGUAGAAUUUGUUCUUUGAUAGGUAGGAAAAAAGGGUAAUUUUGAAGUAAAAAAAAUUAUUUUGAGAAAUGCAAAGUUGGGUUUCAACUGAUCUGGUAGUUAACAAAUUUCUUUUUAGGGUUGAAGUUGCAAAGAUCAUUUCUUUUUUUAUUUUUUGCUGCUUAGAAAAGCGUGGGAUAGGAAAAAGGGAAACAUGAAUUUGAAUACUGGAAUUUAGUUUUUUUUUUCUUUUUUGGAAAUGGAAAGUUCACCUUAAUUCAGCAACAUAUAUGUUUUUUUAUUCACAGUUUACUCAUGUUCAUAAUUUAGGAUUUAGGAUUUUAUUUUUAAAAUUUUCUUACCUAUUCUGGGAAACCAAACGGGGCAAAAUUUUUUGGUCGUGGGUAGGGUAGAAGUUCAUUAAGUCAGGACCGAGCCACGGGUGACAAAUUUCGAGGGUUUGUUUUAAGUUUUUGAGAUUUUGUGGUGUCGAAGCUGAACAAUGCCAUUUGAGAUCAUGGAUCAAAGGAAUGCAUCAGCAUCGUCUAACUUUUUUGAAGACAUUUGUUUCCCAGCUGAGUCCCCAGUUCCAGAAAACAGUAAUUCGUUCCAUCUUGCUUUAAUGUCAACUUCUGUUGGGCAGAGACAAGUUGGAUUUUGGAAGCCAAAUACCAUGUCUGAUAAUCAAGACAAGAUGGUUGGUUCAUCUACAUUGGAAAAACUGCCUGCUGACUGCAUAGAACUUCCUCCAUCAAAUCCGGCGAGAGAUCAAGAAGAAAAGUUAGACAUUGGUUGGAAGGGAACUAGCAAUUUGUCUGAACCUUCAUGGAAUUCUGUGAAUCACCAUCCAAAAUCACUGUCAAAUCUGUAUAUGCAACCAGCAGUGAACUUUAAUAGAAACAGCACCAAUGUCAAUAUUAUCCAGCAUGAAAGUAGUCUGUUUUCAAGUUCAUUGUCUGAAAUAUUCAGUAGAAAGUUGAGAUUAUUGGGGAAUGAUCUAUCUUUCCAACAUGUCAGUAAUGCCACUUCACACCAUGAGGAAGAACCUUUAAAAUCUAUGGAAGAAAUAGAGGCACAGACUAUUGGAAAUCUCCUCCCUGAUGAAGAUGAUCUCUUCUCUGGAGUGAUUGAUGAAUUGGGGCUUAAUAGUCAUGCCAGUAAAGGAGAUGAAUUGGAAGAUUUUGACCUAUUCAGCAGUGGUGGAGGAAUGGAAUUGGAAGGGGAUGAUCAUGUAUCCAUGGGUCCAAGGAAUUCAGAUCUCGUUGGAGUAUUCAAUGGUCAAGGGGGUUCCAGUGGCUCAAUUGUUGGUGAACAUCCAUAUGGUGAACAUCCUUCUAGGACACUUUUUGUCAGGAACAUUAAUAGCAAUGUGGAAGACUCAGAGUUAAAGGCACUCUUUGAGCAAUAUGGAGAUAUCCGAACUCUCUAUACUGCCUGCAAGCAUCGUGGGUUUGUUAUGAUUUCUUAUUAUGAUAUAAGGGCAGCCCGAAAUGCAAUGAAGGCUUUGCAAAAUAAGCCAUUGAGGCGUAGGAAACUUGAUAUACAUUAUUCAAUUCCAAAGGACAAUCCAUCUGGAAAAGAUGUAAACCAAGGGACGCUGGUGGUUUUUAACCUCGAUUCUUCUGUUUCAACUGAUGAGCUUCAUCGAAUAUUUGGUGCUUUUGGAGAAAUUAAAGAAAUCUGUGAGACUCUACACAAGCAUGACCACAAAUUCAUCGAGUUUUAUGAUGUUAGAGCUGCAGAAGCUGCUCUUCAUGCACUGAAUAGGAGUGACAUUGCUGGGAAACAGAUCAAACUUGAACCAAGCCGUCCGGGCGGUGUUAGGCGUUUUAUGCAACAGUCUGAGCAGGAGCAAGAUGAACCUAACCUAUGCGAAAGCCCUUUUGAUGAGUUAUCAUCAGGACACAUUGUUUCUCCCGGAGUAAUUGCAUCUAGCUGCAUGGAUAAUGGGUCUACCCAGGUUGUUGCACCUGUGAAUACAUUUGUUGAACCUCAUCAAAAUUCUAGUGUUCCAAUAAACUUAUCCCCUCCAGCAAGACUGGCACCUAUAGGCAAACAAUUAAGCCUUCGGGAGCCCAACCACUCUGUGGAUGAAAUGAAGUUUGCUAACCAAGGUGUACCAAGUUUCCAUCCUCGUUCCUUUCCUGAGUAUCAUGAUGACUUAGCCAGUGGUAUUCCAUUCAACUCCUCCAGCACCAUAACAGACAUGGCUAGCAGUGUUGGUCCCAUGAUGGCUGAAGGACUUGAUAAUAGGCACAUUCGGUGUACAAGUUCGAAUGGUCAUCUGAUGGAACCUAAUGCAGGGGUUUUUGGGUCGUCUGGAAAUGGAAGCUUGUCACUUAAUGGAAAUCAUUACAUGUGGAACAACUCCAACUCACACCAGCAACAUCCAUCAAGUGCCAUGAUUUGGCCAAAUUCGCCAUCAUUUGUUAAUGGGAUUCAUGCUAAACGCCUUCCACACGUCCCUGCAUUUCCCAGGGCUCCUUCUGUAAUGUUGAAUGUGGGAUCACCUGUACACCACCACAUUGGCUCAGCACCAGUUAAUUCUGCAUUCUGGGACAGGCGGCAUCCCUAUGCUGGGGAGUCUCCUGAAACUUCAGGUUUUCACCUUGGAUCUCUUGGAAGUGUGGGUUUUCCUGGUAGUUCGGCAUCACGUCCUGUGGAAAUUGCUUCCCACAACAUUUUUUCUCAUGUUGGUGGAAAUUGUAUGGAUUUGGUGAAAAAUGGUGGGGUACACUCUCUUCAGCAGAUGUGCCACCUUUUCCCUGGCAGGAACCCUAUGAUUUCAAUGCCAGCAUCUGUUGAUUCUCACAAUGUUUGUGUUAGAAACCCCUCAUAUCGUAGAAAUGAGUCAAAUUCUAGUAAUGCUGAUAAGAAGCAAUAUGAACUUGACAUUGACCGCAUUAUACGUGGGGAUGACAGCAGAACAACACUUAUGAUUAAAAACAUACCCAACAAGUAUACCUCAAAGAUGCUUCUGGCAGCCAUUGAUGAGCACUGUCGAGGAACUUAUGAUUUUAUUUAUUUGCCAAUUGACUUCAAGAACAAAUGCAAUGUGGGCUAUGCGUUCAUCAACAUGAUCGAUCCACAACAGAUCAUUCCUUUCUAUAAGGCAUUCAAUGGCAAAAAAUGGGAAAAGUUCAACAGUGAAAAGGUGGCAUCUCUUGCAUAUGCUAGGAUUCAGGGAAAGGCUGCUCUUAUUGCACAUUUCCAGAAUUCAAGCUUGAUGAAUGAAGAUAAACGUUGCCGCCCUAUUCUUUUUCAUACCGAUGGCCCAAAUGCUGGUGAUCAGGAGCCCUUUCCUAUGGGUACCAAUAUUCGAUCAAGACCAGCGAGGCCUCGAACAACUGGCAACGAGGAGAACCACCGCCAAGGUAGUUCUUCAACUUUACCUGAUGGGGAGGAAUUUUCCAAUGGGACAGACUCGUUGUUGGGUUCUUCCAAGGAUUCUGAUUGAGCAGUCAGCUUAUCCAGCUCUAACUUUAAAUACCAUUUCAAAGUACUAGAACCUUAUCCACCCUAGGGUGGCCUGAUGACUCCUUUUUUGCUAUAGAGAAGCAGUUUUGGGAACUGAGAUGCAUAACCGAAACUAAGUGGUACUUUUCUUGACAAAUUUUGUCAUUCUAUGGAAACUUUUGUUUGAAUCAAAAACCCAUUAUGAGUAGAGACUGGCAUAAUGGGGGCUUCAAAUUUUGGAUAGUCUUUGACUGAACAGCAUCACGAUGUAUAGAAGUUCCUGGGCUUAUGCAUGACUUUAGGUAUCCUUUUGUUUUUUCAGUUUUCUAUCCCAAGUUAUGUGAAUUUCAUUUUUGUCCCCAAGGUUUUGGAAUCAAGUCUCGCAUUUGGUCUAGAUGGGGAAUGAUUGCUCAAAGAGAGAGAGAGAGAGAGAGAAACAGACUGCAUGUAUAAGUAUUCUAGUUGUGGAAUUUUGAACUUCUUUCCUUUACCUUCAAUGUAAUACAUUCUUUUUGUUUUGUCUCUUUAAACCUUAUAACCUCCUCUCUUAUUGCUUAAGCAUAGAGAGUCUGAAACUGACAACUUAGAUGAAUGCUUUGUGAUGGAUUUGGUU